UAACUUUACUCUGUUAAGCUCCACCUCUCAAUCUAACCCUGAAGAUCUGAGCAGAAGUUUCCUCGGCGCCGUUUUUUUCACCUCGCACCGAAAGCCUUUUUAAAAUUUGGUGUCCCAACUGUACCUGAGAAUGUGAGGGCUGUUGAUGAAUCACGGACUGAGGUGGAUGAUGAUAUUUUUGAGUUUUGUAGUUAAAGAUUGGAGUUCUCACCAUAAGACAUGGUGCAGACUUGGAAUCUGACUCUCCACAAGCCUCUCCUGUGCAGUUAAAUCGGUCCUUGUCAUCAUCCAUUGACUCCACUGACUCACGGGAUACACUAUUGAAGAAAGCUCUUCCAGUAAACGAAUGAGGCUAGAUGAUGAAGCUAAACAGUGGAGCAAUAUCAGAAAGGAGUUUUUCAGAGAAAAAUUGCAAGGAGUUUGAAGUUAUCAUCAUCUACAGUGCAUAAUAUCAUCCAAAGAUUCAGAGAAUCUGGAACAAUCUCUGUGCGUAAGGGUCAAGGCCGGAAAACCAUACUGGAUGCCCGUGAUCUUCGGGCCCUUAGACGGCACUGCAUCACAUACAGGAAUGCUACUCUAAUGGAAAUCACAACAUGGGCUCAGGAAUACUUCCAGAAAACAUUGUCGGUGAACACAAUCCACUGUGCCAUUCGCCGUUGCCGGCUAAAACUCUAUAGGUCAAAAAAGAAGCCAUAUCUAAACAUGAUCCAGAAGCGCAGGCGUUUUCUCUGGGCCAAGGCUCGUUUAAAAUGGACUGUGGCAAAGUGGAAAACUGUUCUGUGGUCAGACGAAUCAAAAUUUGAAGUUCUUUUUGGAAAACUGGGACGCCAUGUCAUCCGGACUAAAGAGGACAAGGACAACCCAAGUUGUUAUCAGCGCUCAGUUCAGAAACCUGCAUCUCUGAUGGUAUGGGGUUGCAUGAGUGCGUGUGGCAUGGGCAGCUUACACAUCUGGAAAGGCACCAUCAAUGCUGAAAGGUAUAUCCAAGUUCUAGAACAACAUAUGCUCCCAUCCAGAUGUCGUCUCUUUCAGGGAAGACCUUGCAUUUUCCAACAUGACAAUGCAGGACCGCAUACUGCAUCAAUUACAACAUGAUGGCUGCAUAGAAGAAGGAUCCGGGUACUGAAAUGGCCAGCUGCAGUCCAGAUCUUUCACCCAUAGAAAACAUCUGGCGCAUCAUAAAGAGGAAGAUGCGACAAAGAAGACCUAAGACAGUUGAGCAACUAGAAGCCUGUAUUAGACAAGAAUGGGACAACAUUCCUAUUCCUAAACUUGAGCAACUUGUCUCCUCAGUCCCCAGACGUUAUAAAAAGAAGAGGGGAUUCCACACAGUGAAACCUGAUGGGGAGCAUAUAAUAAAAGAAUACAACCGAACUAAGUCUUUGGGGGACGAAACGAGGAGGAAAAUGUUUAACAUCCUGGCAGCUGACAUUACAGAAAAAAAUGGUACAUCACCCCCAAGGCAGGUGAAAGAAAUAUAUGCCAGAGGAAUUGUGGCUUUGUUCCCAUACCUCAGUGACCCCUUCUCCAAAAAUGGCUAUGAGCGUUACUAUGAUGGUGAGAGUGGCACUGGGUACUUGGCAUGGACAAUCAAAACUAUACAGAGAGGCUGGGCUAAAGAAGGAGGCUGAGCUAAAGAAUGUGAUUCCUACAUUCCCCCCUUCGAUGUUUCGAGGACAAGGAUCAUCUGCUGAGGGGGUGUCAGGUGGACCAAUUGUAAGACGGGAGUCGGAGUUUACUCCGGAGACUGUCUUGAGUGAGGAUGAAUGCAAGGAAGCAGUUGCAUUCAUGAACCAUUCUGCUGAUGAGGACACAGUCAAGAAGAAAAUGAAACUGACAUUUGAUUAUUGGAGCAACAUGGUUCUUGACCCUGUGCAAUCAAGUGGUAUAUUGACAGUCUUUCCACGUUUCCAAGACAGUAAAGUCUUGGUAAAGUGUUUAUAAUCAUAUUUUUAAUGAUUUCUAAAAAAGCAUUGCUGUUGUCUAGAACCGAGGUUGUUCAAUGCUUACAUGGAUUUAUAUCUAAUAAUGAUUUGUCUGGUACUUUUCUGCCCUGUCUUAGGUAAGAUGUUUAAAGUUAAUUUAAUACUUAGAUAAUUUGUUCAGUAUUAUUUAUGAUUAAUAUUUUAAGGAACUCAAGGGUGAAAGAUUUGGUCCCCAUACAUUUUUUCAUAUUCUUUAUUCUUUAGUUCUAAUUUUCAUUAUUGAUCAAGUUUUGCUAACCUAACGUACUGUGUCUAAACAGUUUGGAACAGUGACCUCUCUUCUAUACUACUACUACUGUUGCAUCUGAUACCACUUUCUGCCCAAGCUCGGAAGAGACCAGGAAAGGUGUCUGCUUCUCAAGCAGAGAGACAUCUUAUUGUCUUCAAGAAGGUUUUUUUUGUAGUUUUCUUUUCUUUAUAUAACAUAUUAAUGAUAAUUCUCUACAAUUAGCUUGGUUUUCUCAGAGUGGAACAAACAUUGAGGACAUCUUCGAGACAUCAUUGCUAGUGCUCAACCCUAUCUCCUGGCUGUGGCAGUGCUGGAGAGGUGGCCAUCUGUAUUGUUAAAGUCAAAUAAGAGCACAUUGGAUAUGUGUGCGUCUGCUGUUGCACCUCUAAAUGUUGCUGGAUUAAGGCAGUCUGCAAUAAAUGGUUUUGUUUCGUCUAUGGAGGAAAUGGUUUUUGAGAUUCAUAGUCAGGCCCAGGAUACAGCUUUGCUUUGUCUGUCUUCACAGGACACUGCUACUAAAAGGAAAAUAGAAAAUUCAUUUCAAAACUUGGAAAAUCCAUUUACUUUGUUAAAUUCUGAAGCCAAAUGAAAGAGACUCUUUACAGAGAAAUCGGGAACUGUUGAACCAAGCGAAAUAGUGCUUGGAGAUUUGACGGCAGGAGAAAUAAAACCACAGGAACAUAUGAUCAAGUUGUUGUAACUGAUAAAUUUGCUUAUAUUCCCGUUUUAGAAACACUAAAGGCAAUUUUAAAAGUAAUUCCUUAUUUUAUACAGAUGAAAAAUUAAAAAGAAUACACAAAAUUGGGUGCAAUGUAUUUUACAUUAAGGAAUUUCCCCCCAGUUUUUAACUCCUCUUUGGUGAAUAUUCAUUUAUGUUCCCUCUUUCAUGCACAGGAUAUUAAGCUCUAUGGUUUUAAUUCUAUAAUUGAGCCUCUAACUAUAAAGUGAUUGAGAUUGAGGGGGUUAAGAAUCCAGGAUCUGGAAGUUGUGUUAGGGGUACGAUUGUUCAAGUCACUGAGGAUAAUCUUGGAUUACAUAGUUUGUUUGGGUUUCUGGAGUCAUUUGGGGCUCGAUAUUGCUGUCGUUUCUGUCUUCUUGAGAAAGAUCGCUUUCAGUCUGUGUUCUCUGAAGAUAACCCUGAGGUUGUGCUAAGAAUAACUGAGAUGCAUGCUCUGCAUUGUGAAACUUUACAAACUGAUUCUACACUACCUCAUGUUUAUGGUGUCAAAAGGGUGUGUUUGUUAAAUUCACUCAAGUAUUUCAAAACAGCCAACAAUUUCGCUGUGGAUAUAAUGCACGACAUUCUAGAAGGAGUUGCUCAGCUAGAGGUAAAACUUGUUCUGCAGUACAUUCACCAUAAUUUUUUGAGUGCUGAUGGUCUUGCUGGUAGAGUACAUGCUUUUGACUAUGUUUACAAUCAGCAGAGGAACUGUCCUCCAGUGGUCAAAUUGUUUGAUGGAAGCAAUGAUUCGGGUUUAAAUGUCAUCCAAUCUUGGUGCCUGUUGCACAGCAUGCCCCUAUUAUUUGGUGAUUUAGUGGAGAGAGAUGAUAAAUACUGGCAUCUUUUGCUUUUACUUCUGCAGAUUGUUAAAGUCGUAUUUUCACCAGUUCUAACAGAAGGCAUGACCAUUUAUCUUAAACAUUUAAUAAUUGAACAUUGCCAGCUAUUCAAAAAAUUAUUUCCUGAAAGAAAUCUUUUGGCGAUGUACUGGGAGUCUUUUAGCCAGUACAGAUUGUCUCUUGGCCCAGGAAAGAUGGUGGAACUCAAAGGUGAACUUAAAGGUAGCCAAGAGAUGGCUUCCAAACUAGGAGUGGCAAUGUCAGAACUUGUCUAUUCUGUAAAGUGGAUCAAACACCAUGGCAAAGAGUAUCACGCUGACUUUAUUAUCUGUCCAGAUGUAGCAUGUGAGAUGCCAGUGUUUUGUAAGAUCAAUACUAUUGUUAUGAAAGAUGAAAAUGUACUGUUAUGUGGAACACUGAUGGAAACUAUAUGUUUUGAUGACCAUUACCAUGCAUUUACAGUCAGACUGUAUCCAGACAGAGUUUUAAAGGUAGUGAAUGUUAACGAGCUGUGUUAUUUCAAACCAUUUGAUCUUCAGAAAUAUGGUACAACAGAUUUUGCACUGCGUAUAGUGCCGUAUUGCCAGUUCAUGCAGACAUGAUGUAUUUUUGUGCAUGUAAGUGUAUGUUUCUUGAGUCUGACAGUGUUUUAAUAAAUGUUUUAACUGUGACAUUGUUGAAGUUGUUUUCUAUGUUUUGAAAACUUGUUUUCAGAGUUUGACAUUGCAGAAGAGUAAAAUAUUAACACUAAUCAGAGUUAAUUUCCCCUUAGUUUUAAAUUGUGGUAACACCAAUCAGAGUUAAUUUCCCAGUAGUAUUAAAUUGU